CAGGCGCGGUCCUCCGACCCACAACAGGAGCAUCCCACCCAAGGAGCGAUGCCUUUGGUACCCAGGAGAUGCUGGGAGCUGCCCCUGUGUCCCUAACUGGAGCCCUUGUCUCUGAUCUGAGCAUCGAGGGAUGCAGAGAGCAGGCUGAAACCUGAAUAAUUUGAAGCAAAAGGACAUCCUCACACUAGGCACGGCCUGGUGUGUGGCUCAGCCCUGAACAUGACCACGGAGAGUUUUGCAGAGUUCCUGAACAAGCUCAAGGAAAUCCAUGAGAAAGAGGUCCAAGGGCUGCACAGCAAGGUGACAGAGCUGACGACAGAGAAGUGCCGAGAUGCUCAGAGAAUUGAAGAGCUGUUUGCUAAAAAUCACCAAUUAAGAGAACAACAGAAGGUCCUUAAAGAGAACGUAAAGGUGUUAGAAAAUAGGCUGCGAGCUGGUCUGUGUGACAGAUGCAUGGUCACCCAGGAGCUGGCCAAAAAGAAGCAGAAUGAGUAUGAGACCUCUCAUUUCCAGAGCCUGCAGCACAUCUUCAUCCUCUCAAACGAGACCAAUCGCCUGAGGGAGGAGAAUAAAACUCUCAAGGAAGAACUGAAGAGGCUCCGGAGCCUGGAGGACAGGGCAAAGACCCCAGGAGUCUCCUCCAGAGAAAGCUGCUCCACACCAAGCUCCCCUUUGACUUUACUGUCCCCAGUGAGCAGGAAUGUCAGCACAGAGAAAGCAGAGCACAAGGAAGCAGAAGAAGCCCACCAGGAUGUGCCAGACCUCGAGCUCAGUGAAGAAAAGCCUCCAGAGAAGCUCCAGAGAAGCUCUCCAAGCAGCAGGACUUCUCCGGGCACUGUUCUCCAAGAAGUCAGCCUUGCAGAAAUUGCGUCCCAGAGGAUUUCCAACCAGCUGCAUGGAACCAUUGCCCUGGUGAGACCUGGCUCCAGACCCUGCCUCCUGGAGAAGAGUCCUUCAGGGGCAGCAGUGUCUCCACCAGCGAGGAAGACUCCUCUCCCUCCAGAGCGUGAGCACAGCCCCAGCCUCGAGGCCUAUUUAACAGCGAGCAAACUGGACUCCCCCAAGGUUGCUCCAUCCUAUGAAAAUCUCAAACUGAGUGCCCGGAGAGAGCAGCUGUGCCUGCUGCACAAGCACCUUUCCCUGCAGCAGCUGGGGCUGGCGGGUCCCUGCGCCCCGGCGGAGCGGGACAGCCUCCCCAGCCCCCUGCUCCGCACCAAGGCUGCCGAGAGCAGGACGCGCUCCCGGGACAGCUGGGAAGAGCACGCAGCCUUGCUGAAGCUUCCUGCCACCAUGGUGUACGUGAGGGACCAGCACCUGGAGGAGAAGCUGCAGCUCCUCAAGCACCGGGAGCGGCUGCAGCAUCUCCUCCUGCAGCAGUGCCAGCCGGGCCAGCGGGCACACGGCGACACAAAGCCCCCGCCCGGCGAGCGGCCGCUGUCCCCGUGGCUGGGCAUCGCGGCGGCGUGCAAGGAGGAGAGGUUCCUCCUGGAGGAUGCUGCGGAUGGCAAGGGAGAGAAGGAGCUUUGGCUGGGCAGGGAGCGCUGCGAGCUGCGAGCCAAGGUGAAGGAGGCGAGGGACGAUGAUGCGGACGCGCCCCUGGACCUGUCCGAGCCCGGCCGCGGCAGGGACACGGACCGGCACGGCCGGAGGGACAGCCCCGGGGACAGCCCGGCUGUGGCCGCAGCCCGCGGGGGACACCGGGCACAGCGGGACGACCUGCGCUGCCCCUACCACUGGCCCAGUGCCACCCGGCCACUGCCUGGGGCCGCCAAGGAGGAGGAGGAGGAGGAGGAGGAGGAUGCAGCUGUGCUCACGCUUUCACGGGCAUAUCUGACAAACAACUCCACACCCAGCGACCCAGAGGCACUUCCCGAGGCUGGGAUGAGACGGGAUGUCAGUGCACAGAAGGGAGAAGCAGAUGACAAUGAUGCCGAGUCCGGGAAGCAAGAAUCCGAUGAGCCAGACACGACGGACAGCGAGGAGAAGUAUGAAGAUGAGAUCCUGCAAGAAGCUGAGGCUGACGGGAAAUACUUUUGCACCAAAGACAAAGUUCAUGUGCAGCAGAGGAAGAGAAAAAGAGGACAAGAUCCCUGGAUUAAAGGAUCUAAGAAGUCAAUGAGAGGAAAAAAGAAAAUCAAAGUGGAGCAAUGCCCGGUGGGGAUCACAAAGGAACUGGAGAAUUGCUCUGCUUCCCACAGUGAUCCCUCCAAGGAGAGUUAACAGCAGGGCAGGAUGGAGCAACUGCAGACCAAAGGAGAGGGCUCAGAGACCUCAGAAUCCCACCCAUGCUGGGAGAGUGAAUCCUCCUGUCAUGCUGGGCCAGGCAGUGGGGAAUUCAUAAGGACUCAUUUAGGAGUGAAGCACUCUGAAAUUCCUCACUCAGUGCCACAGGAGAGGCUGGGCAAGGACGAGCCAUGCAGGUGACACCUGGAGCAGCCAGGUCACUGCUGCUGGAGCCCCACAGUCAGUGACCCCAGCCCUGUGCCAGAGCAGACCCUCAGACUGGAGCUAGGAAGAGGAGAUGUCUCUUUGUAA